AUGAAAGAGGAAGCUGUAGCCGAAGCUGAACCCGAAGCUGAUACUGGAUUCCAUGGAGGUUUGGGAGGAUUUGGAGGAUUUAGUGGAUUUGGUCACUUUGGAGGAGGAGAACCCUGGGUCGUCUCAGCACAGUUGGCUGUCAAGCUCUGCAUGAUGAUGUCCAAGACAAUUAUAGUCACCUUAGCCUUGGUCCUUUUCGGAAUCGUAGCAGCUGAUCCUGUUGCUGAACCUGAAGCCAAAGCUGAUCCUGGAUUCCGCAGAGGUUUUGGAGGAUUUGGAGGAUUUGGUGGAUUUGGUGGACAUGGAUUCGGAUAUGGAGGUUAUCGUGGAAAGAGGAGCCCUGUAGCCGAGGCCGAACCCGAUGCUGAGCCUGGAUUCCGUAGAGGUUUUGGAGGAUUUGGUGGAUUUGGAGGAUUUGGUGGACAUGGAUUCGGAUAUGGAGGUUAUCGUGGAAAGAGGAGCCCUGUAGCCGAAGCCGAACCCGAAGCUGAGCCUGGAUUCCGUAGAGGUUUUGGAGGAUUUGGUGGAUUUGGAGGAUUUGGUGGACAUGGAUUCGGAUAUGGAGGUUAUCGUGGAAAGAGGAGCCCUGUAGCCGAAGCCGAACCCGAAGCUGAGCCUGGAUUCCGUGGAAGUUUUGGAGGAUUCGGAGGAGGUUUUGGGGGUCUUGGUCACUUUGGAGGACGCAGAUAUUAUGGUUAGGACAAAAUUGUGAAAAUCUUUCAAAACUUCAUAUCAACCUAAAUAAACAGAGAAUUUAUAA